GGUCGGCCGGUCCCCCGCCCCCCCCGGGCUUUAAAGCCACUGCGGCCGGAACCUGAACCGGACAGCGAGGCGGACGGCAGCGGGAGAAUGAACAUGCAGCCGGCGGUGAACGGCGAGGAUCGCCAGUGGAUGCGCCCAGACUUGCGGAGCCGCUGUAGCUGGAGUUUGUGCCCGGGGGGGCCGAGCCCCCACCCCCACCGUAGCGGGUCUCCGGCCCCCAACAUCCUGACCGACAUCCUGGGGCAGAUCGGCAACACUCCGCUGGUCCGUCUCAACAAGAUCCCCCAGGCGCAUGGACUGCAGUGUGAGCUGUUGGCCAAGUGUGAGUUCUUCAAUGCGGGGGGCAGCGUGAAGGAUCGCAUUGCCGUGCGGAUGUUGGAGGAUGCAGAGAGAGCUGGGACCCUCAAACCGGGAGACACCAUCAUCGAACCCACCUCAGGGAACACAGGGAUCGGCCUGGCGCUGGCUGCGGCCGUCAAGGGCUAUCGCUGCAUCAUCGUGCUGCCCGAGAAGAUGAGCAACGAGAAGGUGGAUGUGCUGCGGGCUCUGGGCGCUGAGAUCGUGCGGACACCCACUCACGCCGCCUUUGACUCGCCCGAGUCCCACGUGGGGGUCGCCUGGAGGCUGAAGACCCAGAUCCCCAACUCCUGCAUCCUCGACCAGUACCGUAACGCCAGCAACCCGCUGGUCCACUACGACGAGACGGCUGAAGAGAUCCUGAAGCAGUGUGAUGGGAGAGUGGACAUGCUGGUGGCUGGAGCCGGCACCGGGGGGACCAUCACUGGCAUCGCCCGCAAACUGAAGGAGAAAUGUCCGCAGUGCCAGAUUGUCGGUGUUGAUCCGGAAGGUUCCAUCCUGGCGGAGCCGGCACAACUCAACCAGACGGACGUCAGCGGCUACGAGGUGGAGGGAAUUGGUUACGACUUCAUCCCCACCGUCCUGGACCGAUCGGUGGUGGACAAGUGGUACAAGAGCAGUGAUGAACGUUCCUUCCUCAUGGCUCGGCAACUGAUCCGGGAGGAGGGGCUGCUCUGUGGUGGUAGCUCCGGGAGCGCCGUCUCAGUUGCCGUGGAAGCGGCCCGUGGUCUGGCCGCUGGUCAACGAUGUGUGGUCAUCCUGCCCGACUCCGUCCGCAACUACAUGACCAAGUUCCUCAGCAAUGACUGGAUGGCGCAGAAGGGAUUCCAACAGAAACUUCCGGAAGAUGUCCAGCAGCCCUGGUGGUGGCGAGCACGCGUGAAGCAGCUGGACGUCUCGCGGCCGCUGACCCUCCCUCCCUCGCUCUCUGUCCGCGGCGCCUUGGACACUCUGCGGCAGCGAGGGGGUGAGCGGGCGGCCGUGCUGGGUGAGGGCGGACCGGUCCUGGGAGUGGUGACCCUCAGCCAUUUGCUUCGCUCUGUCCUGGCUGCCAAGGUUCAACGUGAUGACCCAGUGGACCAAGCUCUCAUCAUGCAAUUUCCACAGGUCGAGGCUGAGGAUGAGCUGGGAGCUGUGGCCGGACGAUUGGACGCUUCCCCCUUCGCUCUGGUCAUGGAUCGCCAGAAAAUACCGCCGGUGGUCACUGGUAUCCUAACGCCCGGUGACCUGCUGGAUUUUAUCACACGAGAGAAGGUCGUCUGCUCAGAAUGAGGGUCCCGGCCAGUGGGGAACGCUCUCAUCUGCUGCAACUCUGGAAUAGUCUCAGGUACUGAGGGCUUCCCAUGUGUCUUGUGUGGGCCUGGGACUGGCUGCUCCACUGUCUGCCCUCCUGUCUGCUUGCUGUCUGCUGUCUACUGUCUGCGCCUGGGUGCUCCCACAAGUAAAGCGGUGAAAUCUGGCUGUCAGUUGUGAUGUUGCUGACUUCUGCAAUUGUGAUCAGUUACAAACUCUGUAACGCUGAUUUAAUAAACAAUUUGAUUUCCUA